AUGCCCACCUUCUCCAGCUUGCUUCAGCCUGGAGCACCCUUCCCCACCCCAACCUCGGAUGCGUACGAAUCUGCGCUCAAGCUCAUCCUUGGGGAGGAAGACGCGGCAUGCGAGGCCGAUCUCCAGACGUGGUAUCGCUUCAUCUGGAGCAGCGUACUUGGCCGCGUUGCGUACGGUCGAAGCUUGCCGACGCUAAGCGGCAUUGUCACCAUCAACCUCGCCGAGCGCCCAGGGCCGACCAUGGCCUGGCGGGAGUGCUCUGUCCAUCAUGACCUCACCAGCUGGGCCACUUCGGCAUUGCCUGCGGGAGAGGCCUUGCCAUCGUCCUGGGGGUUCAAGUUCCCCGACCUGGGCUUUCUAGCCGGCUCGGCAGAUCGGCGGCGUUUCCUCGUGGCCGCGUCUGGGGAAAUCAAGGUUCCUGCGCGUACAUCCGCCAGCGACACGUCGCAUCGCAAUGGGCCGUGGACAGCAGCCCUGGCGCAGGAGGUUAUCUACGCCCUCUCCAUUGCGGAAGUGUACGGAUCGCGGUUGGGUGUCAUCGCUGUCGGCACACAGCUCUGCCGCCUCGUUAUUCGCAGCUGGGCCCCAUCAUCGCGCUCUCUCGGGCUCGAGGUGUCGCCCGAGUUCCACGCGUACCUGGGUCCCGGUGAGUUGCCUCUUGAGCGGCUCGUCGAGAUUAUUCGACAGUUCGGCGGGCGUGUGGGCGCCCUUGACCUGCGAGAGUCUACUGGCGACGUGGACUCCAUCUCGCUGCGGCGCCUAUGGGGGCUGUUGCACGCAGCAGCGACCAGCGUGGCGAACCAAGACGUCCAGGUGAGGCAGCUCGUCUCCGACGUCGUCCCGAGCAUGGCAACUGUCGAGGUAACCGCUGAGGGCGAGAGCCUCCUGAUGGGCUUAUCGUCCACUCGUCGCGAGUUGAGGUCCGCAGCGAUCGCCUCAGAAGCCGCUCCCCUCUCGGAGUCGUCGUCGGGAUACGACAGCAGCGACGAGUACGAGCCUAGUCCGAAGCGGAGGAGGACAGCUAGGCCGCUGACACAGGGGUACCCGGCCCCUCCGCGUCGACGCUCCAGCUCCUUAACAGGGAGUCCGCCUCCAAUGGCGGGACCUGCCCCAGCAGGCGCGGACGUGCUUUCAGCGCCGGUCAACGAGCCUUCGACGUCGACGCAGACGGAAUCGCGGGAGUUUACGCCCUCGCGCGAGUCCCAUUCGAGCUACGUCCAGGACUGGGUGGCCGCGCAGACUGGUCGACGCAUCGCGCGCUCUCGUGCGCUGUUCCCUGACCGCGUCAGUCCCGCCGGCUCGGACGCAACUUCGGACGGGUCGCUGGUCGAUCCCGACCGCCUCAUCGACAUGCUUGCAGCGCUGCGCAUUACCGUGCGCCCCAUGCUGGCGGAGGAGAUGGACGACGUGCUGUCGCGGGGGAAGCCCAGCGCGACGAACGUAGCGGCUGCCAGUUCAACGAUGGCUAGCGCGCAGACGAUCGCUGCCCCACCUGCCGAAAAGGCGACGGACCAUUCGGCGCACGCGCGGACUCCGCGCGUGGUUCCGUCGGCGCGUCAGGAUCUACCCUACGACGCCUCCCCCGCGGCGUCUUUAGCCACGUAUUGA